AUGCCUGGGAAACAAGGUGGAAAAGAAGGCCAUGAGAGACAGAGAAAUGCAGAUGCAUCAAGAAUUCUGUCACAAACACACUUCCCUAGCAGCCCCCUCCAAAAGUUGCCAAGAAACAUCCUAGACCAUGAUCGGGUGGUUUGGCUUGGGGACUUGAACUACAGGAUAAACCUGCCAGAGGCUGCCACAAGAUCCUUAGUACAGAAUAAAGACUGGAGCAUCUUAUUACAAAAUGAUCAGCUGAAGGCUGAGCAAGCAAAAGGCCAUGUCUUCGAGGGUUGGCACGAGGAAGAAAUCGAGUUUGCACCCACAUACAAAUACUAUCAAAAUUCAGAUAAUUACUAUGGAUGCAACCAGAAAAUUAUAGAGAAAAAGAGGCGAGCUCCUGCAUGGUGCGAUCGAAUAAUUUGGUUUGGCAAGGGACUGAAGCAAAUUCAAUAUAAUAGAGGUGGAUCAAGACUGUCUGAUCACAGACCUGUUCAAGCAAUUUUCACAGCAGAGGUCGAGGUUUUGAGCUUGAAAGAGCCAGGCAGCUUCUUGUCAAACCACUUGACAAUGCAUGAAUGA